GCCUCUCUCUUUCUCUCUCCUCCGAGAAUUCGCCCAAACCCCUCGUCCUCCAGAAAGACUGAGGAAAAUGCAGAGGAAAAUGAGAGAGAUGCGCUUGAAUGUCCUGAGGCAGAUCCGCAGCCAAGAGCAGAAGAUCGCCGCUGCAAACGAUCUCGUCUCCCGAUCAUUGGAUCCGAACAAGCGAACGGUCGAGAUCACCGUUCAACGACAUGUUGAAUUAGGCAAACUCAGGGAACAGUUGAGAGAAUUGGAGGAUGAGCUGGCCACAUGCACAGCAGCCAACAAUGCCAACAUUGAGAAGCAGAGGCGUACUACAAAAUCUAUUUCUACUACAAGGGCUCGGUACGAGGAGCUGAAAAAUGUUGUGGAGGAGCAGAAGAGCAAGAACGAAGAAUAUGAGGCUAUAUUAUCCAAAGAACUGGAAGCCUUGAAAGCAUUGGAGGAAAAGAAUAAUGAAAUCCAGACGUACAGGAAAGGACAAGAAGAGGUCAUUACAUGGUACAAAACAGUUCUUGGCAUUAGAAUCGUGACUUGCAAUGGUAUCAAAUUCAUAUUCACCAACAUUGAUGCAGAGGCUCCAGAUAAGGAGUUCUCUUUUACUAUCAAAUACUCUCAGGGUGCCUACACAUUAAUGGAUUCCAAUCCAUAUGUGGAGGACACUGAAAAUUUGAUUCAUGAGCUGAACCAGACAAAUGGCCUAUUCAAAUUUGUGAGAUUAAUGAGAGAGAAGUUCCAGGCAGCUGCAUUAUCAGGAAAUGUAUGUGAACCUGCUUCUGUUCCCCAAGAAUCUGUUUCAGUUACUAGCUUGGCUCCUGCAUCCUCCUUUUCCUUUUCAAUGGAGGAUAACAGUGGCCCUCUCCUGCAGCAAUCAGAGCAUACCUCAUCCUUCUUCCGAUUAAAUGAUGAAGUAGAGAAGAAAAAUCUCCUAGUAGUUUCAAAGUUAGCUACUCCAUUAUCCAAUUCAAAAUCACCUUCCACUGCUCGUAGGUCUUCCCGUCUUCAGGAAAGGGUUCAUUACAGGUGAGCUUCAGUUUGCAACCAGAUCACUUAAAUGCCCAAUUGCAGUUUAUGAUCCUGCAGAAAAUGGUGAUACAUUGCUGGCUUCACCAAGGAUUAUCAACUUCUAUUCACAAGACAAGGAUACAUUACAGUUGCACACCAUGCUUUGUAAAUUGUGAAUAGUGUGACCUGUCUACAUGCAAUGAAACAGUGAAUUUUUUGUACAAUUAGCAAAAAGUUGAAUGCACAAUGUAACAUUAUUUCGUACAAAUUAUAAUCAUUUCACCCCUUUACUUUUCCUA